AUGGACAAGUUGACUGCAAUCAGCGCGGGUCUGUUUAUGGCAGCGGAUGUGUGUGCUAUCGUUAGUCUAGCGAUGCCCGAUUGGAUUGUGACCAGUGUGGGAGGUGAAACACGCUUGGGAUUGAUGUGGACAUGUAUGACGCUUUAUAACCGGCCCCAGGUGUGCUUUACACCGGAACUUCAACCGGAGUGGUUGUUUGCACUCAUAUGUAUAUUCGUGGGUUGCAUUUGUAUCACCACCACCAUUAUUCUGCUGGCAUCCAGCAACUGGGAUCGUAAUGUGAUUCCCUACGCACGGUGGGUUGGCUUUACUGCAAUGGUGCUUUUUUGUCUAGCGGCAGUAAUAUUCCCGCUUGGCUUUCACAUCGAUGAAAUAGGUGGCCAACCGUACCAUUUGCCACACUCGCAUCAGGUGGGCAUAUCGUACAUCAUGUUCGUGCUGGCCCUGUGGAUCACGGUUAUAUCGGAGCUGUUUGCUGAGAAGGUGUGUCUUCCGCAGUUUUAA